GCUGGCGCAGCCGGCGCGUAGCGUGGUCCCGGCAGUGCCACCAGGCUCUUCAGCGGCCCCGCGGGCGGGGUUGCGAGCGUCGAUAUGCGCCCCCUGCUCGGCCUCCUCCUGGUCUUCGCCGGCUGCACCUUCGCCCUGUACUUGCUGUCGACGCGACUGCCUCGCGGGCCGAGACUGGGUUCCGCCGAGGAGACUGACGGCAGGUUGGUGUGGUUCCCUUCAGACUUGGCGGAGCUGCGGGAGCUCUCCGAGGUCCUUCGAGAGUACAGGAAGGAGCACCAGGCUUAUGUGUUCCUGCUUUUCUGCAGUGCCUACCUCUACAAACAGGCCUUUGCUAUCCCCGGCUCCAGCUUCCUGAAUGUUUUAGCUGGUGCCUUGUUUGGUCCAUGGCUGGGGCUCCUGCUGUGCUGUCUGUUGACUUCUGUGGGUGCCACAUGUUGCUACCUGCUCUCCAGUAUUUUUGGCAAACAAUUGGUGGUCUCCUACUUUCCUGCUAAAGUGACCCUCCUGCAGAGGAAGGUGGAGGAGAACCGGAACAGCUUGUUUUUCUUCUUACUGUUUUUGAGACUUUUCCCCAUGACACCAAACUGGUUCUUAAACCUCUCAGCCCCAAUUCUGAACAUUCCUAUUGUGCAGUUCUUCUUCUCCGUUCUUAUCGGUUUGAUCCCAUACAAUUUCAUCUGUGUACAGACAGGCUCCAUCCUAUCAACCCUCACCUCUCUGGAUGCUCUCUUCUCCUGGGAAACUGUCCUUAAGUUACUGGCCAUUGCCCUAGUGGCCUUAGUUCCUGGGACCCUCAUUAAAAAAUUUAGCCAGAAACACCUGCAUUUGAAUGAAACAAGCAACUCUAAUCAUCUAAAUAGUAAAAAAGGCACGUGAUUUAGAUUUUCUGAUUGCCACAUCCCUGGACUCCAUUGCUUCUUUAAGCAAUGGUUGUGGUUCUCUAAAGCCCUACACUGUUUUCUAGUUACCCUAAACAGAUGAUCGUACACUGUCUGUGGGCAGUGUCUUGUCGUAGAGGACACUGUGUUCUAGAUGGUGAAUUAUAUCAGGUUUGUUCUCAAACCAGCCCUGGUUUAGUAGGACACUCUGAGAAAUGGAGGGCUUCCUAGAAUAUCCUGUUUAAAUUUUCCUGAGUAACAGGGGGAAUUCAGGAUAGGCUAUUAUUAUACUUGUCUCUUGCCAACUCCUGAGCUGCCAUGGGAGAGGAUGCUGAUUGUCCUUCUCCAGAGUGCCUCUUUUUGCAAAAUGACAGGCUGUUGUGACAGGUGUUCUCCUAUUACCUCCCUAGUGGAUGUUAUUAAUGUAAAUGAUGACAUGUGAAUCCAUGGCACUAACAUCAGUCUUCAUUGUCUGUUAGUCUCUUGAAGAGUGUUUCCUUUGUUAUUUUUUGCUAAUCACCUACCUCUUCUAUAAGCCAAGGGAAACAAGCUGACGAACUGCGUGGGACUUCCACACAGAGCUGAAAUGCACAGCAAUUUCUGUGAUGCUGUUUGUGUUCAGACACACUGAUGUUACCAUGUUUAUCAAACCUCCUUAUAGUUGCAUGUCCUGACAAUUCAGCUGAUUGCAAACAGACUAUUAAAUAUGAAUAGAGCAAACUCUGUAUGUUUUGGAUAUGUUCUGGAUAAAUUCUUACCCAUGGAUGGGGACAGGGCUCUUGACUCACCUGAAUCAAAUAAACAUCAUUACAUUUUUAAAUCUG